AUGUCUCCAACAACAGAGAAUAAACGGUGCCAGGCGUAUGAGCACGUCUCUGCCGCACAUGGCGCAUCUCAGAGUACCGUGCCGGAGUUUCAGCGACUAUCCGAGCUUCGGCAUAAGGGUUGGGAAAAUCCGGCGGGUGAUCGGUUCUUCGAACAGCAGCGUCAAACAGCAGACAAUGCUGAUAAGAAAACAGCCAAGCAUUUCUUCAGAAUGAUGAAAGAAAUAGGAGAUGACAUGCAACAGCUUACGGAUGUUUUCCGGAUCCAUAGCCCUUAUCAGGACAAACAACGUAUCCUUGAUAUGUGCAUGGCACCGGGAGGCUUUCUUGGAACAGCAUUGCGAAUUAAUCCGACAGCCCGAGCUAUAGGAUUCAGCUUACCAAGGUGUGAAGGAGGUCACAAUGUCCUUCUACCUAAGCAUCCUAAUAUUUUGGUGAAGUUCAUUGACAUCACCCUGUUGGCUGCGGAUAUGGGCCUGUUGGAAAUCCCGAACGAUCACCCAGAUACAGGGAAAUUCUUACCCCGUCAAUUUGAGCCUGGACAGGCAUUUGACCUAGUCAUAUGUGAUGGUCAGGUGCUAAGAAACCACGACAGGGCCACCUACCGUGAACAUCGAGAAGCCAGCAGGCUGACCCUGACACAGCUGUCGCUUGGGUUGGAGCAUGUCAAGCUGGGGGGAACGAUGAUCGUUCUUCUACACAAAGUCGAGUCUCCACAUACUGUACAAUUACUAUAUAUAUUUACAACUUUUGCCUCAGUGCAACUGUACAAGCAUCCCAGGUUUCAUGCCAAGCGAUCUUCGUUCUACAUGCUUGCAACCAAUAUCCGGAAUGAUUGUCCGGAUGCAGCCGUGGCAAUCCAAGGGUGGAAGAGGAUGUGGGAAAUUGCAACGUUCGGGACGGACGAUAUGUAUAGUCAAGCGCUUCAACACAAUGUUCCGGACAUUGAUGUCGUUUUGAAGAACUUUGGCUCUAGAUUAGCCGUUCUAGGAAAGCAUAUUUGGGGUAUCCAGGCAGAUGCGUUGGCAAGAGCUCCUUUCCUCAAGUAA